UGUCUUGAGUAGUACCUACCUCAUGAUUCUUGACCAUUCAUUCUAAAACUUGAAGAUUAUUCACAAGUUAUGGAGAUCUAUAUAAUGGCCAUACAAUCGACCACAAUGAACUCAACUCUACACAUCCUCUAUUGAUUCGUUCAAACCAAAGCAAGCAUAAUCCUCAAAUUCUUGAUUUGUUUUCCAGCAACUAUAUUGAUAUUAGAAAAUGGGUGUUCGUCUUCCUGGUGCUAUUCUUGCCAAACAAAUUCUACGCCGGUCUGUCCUAACUGCAAAUAAAACAGCAUUACUAUCUGCAGAAGUACCGAAAGGCUUCCUGGCUGUUUAUGUUGGACAAACUGAGAAGAAGAGAUUUAUGGUACCUGUAUCCUAUUUGAAUCAGCCUUCAUUUCAAGCUCUAUUACGAAAAGCUGAAGAAGAGUUUGGCUUUGAUCAUCCAAUGGGUGGCUUGACAAUUCCUUGCGGAGAAGACACUUUUAUUGAUGUUACUUCUCAGUUGAAGAGAUCAUAAUCAAUGACAACAAUUUUGUAUAGAAACAUUACCAUUGACUUGUAAAACAGUUAGCUUAAGAACUGACUAUAAAUUACAUGCUUUCUUUUACUAGUAAAUUAGAAAAUCUUAUUCAUUCAGAA